GCUCUCCCGCAGGCGGUCCGUAGGAAUAACGGGGGUUGCAUGGGGAGACGUGGGGGCCCUCUGGCGUGACCCCUCUGGCGCGGCUGGGCAGCGGGAGCUGAGCGGCGCGGCGAUGGUUGCGGUCUCCCAGGGCUGCCCGUGCCUCAUUUCAGUCCCGGCCUCUAGCGGAGCAGCCAAUUCGCGGGACUUUAGAGCCGGAUAAUCAAGAGCUGCGGAAUCGCCUCCAGUUGGACUGAAGGCUACAGCAUCUUAUAUUACCUGUGGGUUUGAGAAGUGAAGAAUAACUCUGAUCACAGGGUGACUCAAUUUGCCUAUGUUUUGAUGGAAAAAUGAAAGCAUCUAGAAUACAGCAUUUUUUAUACUUCUAAAACUGCCUUUGACUACAACAUCUAUUCCCUUAAAAACACACACAAAAUGUCAGAACUUGACCCUUCAUCUGGAUUAGUAGGAAACAUGGAAAAUGGGACUUUUCUGGAGCUAUAUCCCACAUCCCUGUCAACUUCAGUGGAUUCCUCAGCUGGCCGCUUAUCAAAUGUCUAUGUCUAUGUUUCUAUAUUUCUCAGCCUCUUAGCAUUUCUUCUUUUGUUAUUAAUCAUUGCACUUCAGAGGCUGAAAAACAUCAUCUCUUCCAGUGCCUCGUACCCAGAAUACACUAGUGAUGCUGGAAGUUCUUUCACUAAUUUAGAAGUUUGUAGUAUUUCUUCCCAGCGAUCUGCUUUCUCAAACCUUUCUUCAUGAAAAGAAAUGAAGGAAAUACAUUGGGAAAUGGAACAACUUUGUCUAGCUUUUGAGGGAAAUCGUGCAUGUAGCAUUUGCCAUUGAGGACUAUUAAUCAUGAAAGAGGUGACUUUUAGAGUUCUCUUUGAGUUUUCUUUC